UGCGAGCACGGGCGGCAGCGAUCACGAUGCAAGGAGUGCGGGGGCAGCAGCAUAUGCGAGCACGGGCGGGUCCAAUCACGAUGCAAGGAGUGCGGGGGCAGCAGCAUAUGCGAGCACGGGCGGGUCCGAUCACAAUGCAAGGAGUGCGGGGGCAGCAGCAUAUGCGAGCACGGGCGGGUCCGAUCACGAUGCAAGGAGUGCGGGGGCAGCAGCAUAUGCGAGCACGGGCGGCGGCGAUCACAAUGCAAGGAGUGCGGGGGCAGCAGCAUAUGCGAGCAAGGGCGGCAGCGAUCACGAUGCAAGGACAUAUGCGAGCACGGGCGGCGGCGAUCACGAUGCAAGGAGUGCGGGGGCAGCAGCAUAUGCGAGCACGGGCGGCAGCGAUCACAAUGCAAGGAGUGCGGGGGCAGCAGCAUAUGCGAGCACGGGCGGGUCCGAUCACGAUGCAAGGAGUGCGGGGGCAGCAGCAUAUGCGAGCACGGGCGGCAGCGAUCACAAUGCAAGGAGUGCGGGGGCAGCAGCAUAUGCGAGCACGGGCGGCAGCGAUCACAAUGCAAGGAGUGC